UGUGUUAGGUAGCAUUCAGUGUUCGACAGUCAGCUGCUUCCACCUUUCUCUCUCGGGAGGACACAUCAGUGUUUGAGCAGCCAUGGAGCUGUCUCACCUCCUCCUCUUCCUCCUCCUCUGCUGCUCCACCCAUGGAGAAGCCUCCUCCCUCCCUGCCUCGCCUGCAGCAGGCCCCAUCCUGCCUCGGCGGCCCUUCGUCGUGGUUUGGAACAUGCCCACGUCAGGCUGUCAGACGCGAUACGGCGUCCAGCUGGACCUGAACCACUUUGAUAUCGUGGAGAAUCACAAGCAGCGCUUCCAGGGACAGAACAUGAGCAUCUUCUAUCGCGACCGCCUGGGUAGAUAUCCGUACCUGUCCAGAGGCGGCGGGAAGGUGAACGGAGGAAUCCCUCAGCUGGGCGACCUGGACGCUCACCUCUCCCUCGCCGUGACGCAGCUCUCCGGCUUCCUGCAGCCCAACUUCACCGGCAUGGCUGUCAUCGACUGGGAGGAGUGGCAGCCGUUGUGGGUGAGAAACGUGGGAUCCAAGAUGGCGUACCGGAGGCUGUCCAAGCUGCUGGUGAGGCAGGAGAGGCCCGACCUGUCUGAGGAGGCCGCGGCUCUGGUGGCCAGGCUGAACUUUGAAGAAAGCGCUCAGAAGUUCAUGGAGGAGACGCUGAGGUCGGCGGUCAGAGAUCAUCCAGGAGGCCUGUGGGGGUUUUACGGGUUUCCCUCCUGCUUUAACAAGCACAAGACAAAGACAGAGGAAACCUACACAGGACGUUGCCACUCGAGCACCAGGCAGCAGAAUGACCGGCUGUCCUGGCUCUGGUCUCAGUCCUCUGCCCUCUACCCGAGCAUCUACCUGCCACAGAGGCUGGCCGGGUCCCCUGAUGCAGCGCUGAUGGUCAGACACAGGCUGCUGGAGGCUUUGAGGGUUGCAUCACUGUGGCGCCAUGGCAACACCACCAUCCACGCCACACCCGUCCUUCCUUAUGCAAGACUGGCAUUCACACACACCCUCAACUUUCUCAAUAAGACGGACCUACAACACACACUUGGGGAAAGUGCAUCACUGGGAGCAGCUGGAGUCGUGCUGUGGGGGGAGCUGAGUUUUGCCAAAUCCAAGCGACAGUGCGUCCUCCUCAGAGACUACAUCCACAACGUCCUGGGCCCCUUCGUUCAGUCGCUGAGGUCUGGAGUGCAGCGCUGCAGCCUCCAGCUUUGCCAGGGCAACGGACGCUGCACCAGGCGACGGCCGUCCUCGGCUUCUACCGGCUACUUUGACCGUCAUGAAAUCGACCUGCUCACCGACUCCUCCAGCGACGGAGCUUUUCACAGACACUACCGGUGUCGGUGCUACUCAGGCUGGACUGGGCAGAAGUGUCGAAAGAAGAAGGUUGAUUAACCAAAACAUUUCUGGUACCUCUCCUAACCCCCAAACCCCUCAGAAACCCCUCAGUGUUUCUUAAAGCAAUGUUAUUUUUAAAGAUUGCCAGGAUAUGGUAAUUAAAGACAGAAAGAAUCAUUGGAUUUUCAUCUUUCCGACAGUCCUUGAAUUAAUCAUCUGUGACUUGGAGUUCUAUCUAGAAAAUUCACCAAAUAAUAUUUAGAUAAAAUGUCUUUAUUUCAUACACCCCAUUUAAAAUUUGACAACAAUAAACUGCUCUCAUUAACCAGAUUCUGUAGAAAACAAAGACUUCUGCACUCCUCUGCACAGCUGUGAAGCCAUCAGUGACUCAGCUGUGACCAACAGUCAUCUGACAGAAAUCCUGGGACUGUUCGUCUUAACUGGGCUGAACUGCAGGCUGUGUUUCCACAGAGCAGAGAGAAAACAAACAUCUAAACAAGUAGAAAUGCAAGGAGUAGCAUAUCUAUGGUAUGUGGAGUCACCAUUUGCUCCACUAUUGGUUACACCUGUGGUAAAACUUUGUAGUAACUCCAGGCUUCAUCAGAUUUUGUAAAAUAAAUAAUCAAAGAAAUGCAACUCUCCCAGAAACUCCUUGACUAAGACGCUGUCUGUCAGCAUUCAUGAGACAUUUUGAUAGAUGGAGAGUAUACAAAUGUCUGCACUGAAUGAAUCUAAAGCAGCAUUUUUAACAGAAAUUACAAUAAACACA